ACUUCUGGGACCGGGAGGCCCCAGCUCCAAGCAGACCAGACCUCCUGACUGCAUCCUGAACAGCAGCGAGAAGGAAGCCCUGAGCAGGAAGUGCUGAGGCACUGGGUGAGGGCGGGGGCUUCGAGGAGGGGAGCCGGCCUCCCAGGGCAGGAGCAGUAACCACAGCCCCCCACUGCAGGCAGGCAGGAGGAGGCUGAUUUAAAAGGCAGCGGGCCCUCUGUCCGAAGCACUCAGCUCUGCACCCAGCCACUGCCACCGUGGGCUGCAGGAGCACCCAGACUUCCGGACCAGCUCCGGGCGGGUGCCAUGUGAGCCCAGCUAGGCUCUCCUCCUGCCCGCCCUCCUGCUGCCGGCCUCUGCCUUGUCCAGCUUCUCCAAAGAGGAACCCUUGGCACCAUGUCUCUGCUCAACCCUGUCCUGCUGCCCCCGCAAGUGAAGGCCUAUCUGAGCCACGGGGAGCGCUUCAUCAAAUGGGACGACGAAACAACACUAGCCUCCCCGGUCAUCCUCCGUGUGGACCCCAAGGGCUACUACUUGUACUGGACGUAUCAGAGUAAGGAGAUGGAGUUUCUGGAUAUCACCAGCAUCCGGGACACCCGCUUUGGGAAGUUUGCCAAGAUUCCCAAGAGCCAGAAGCUCCGGGAGGUCUUCAACCUGGACUUUCCUGACAACAACUUCCUGCUGAAGACACUCACUGUGGUGUCUGGCCCGGACAUGGUGGACCUCACCUUCCACAACUUCGUCUCCUACAAGGAGAACGUGGGCAAGGACUGGGCUGAGGAUAUACUGGCGCUGGUGAAGCACCCGCUGACAUCCAACGCCCCCCGCACCACCUUCCUGGACAAGAUCCUGGUGAAGCUCAAGAUGCAGCUCAACCCUGAAGGGAAGAUUCCUGUGAAGAAUUUUUUCCAGAUGUUUCCUGCUGACCGAAAGCGGGUAGAAGCUGCCCUAAGUGCCUGCCACCUCCCCAAAGGCAAAAAUGACUCCAUCAAUCCUGAGGACUUCCCACAAUCUGUCUACAAGAGUUUCCUCAUGAACCUCUGCCCUCGGCCGGAAAUCGACGAGAUCUUCACUUCCCACCAUGCCAAGGCCAAACCCUACAUGACCAAGGAGCACUUGACCAAAUUCAUCAACCAGAAACAGAGGGACCCUCGCCUCAACACAUUACUGUUCCCGCCAGCGCGGCCUGACCAGGUGCAGGGCCUCAUCGACAAGUAUGAGCCCAGUGGCAUCAACGUGCAGAGGGGCCAGCUGUCACCCCAGGGCAUGGUGUGGUUUCUCUGUGGGCCCGAGAACAGCGUGCUGGUGCAGGACAAGCUGCUGGUUCACCAGGACAUGACCCAGCCACUCAAUCAUUACUUUAUCAACUCCUCGCACAACACCUACCUGACAGCCGGCCAGUUCUCGGGCCUCUCCUCUGCGGAGAUGUACCGCCAGGUACUGCUGGCGGGCUGCCGCUGUGUGGAGCUGGACUGCUGGAAGGGGAAGCUCCCCGAUGAGGAGCCCAUUAUCACCCAUGGCUUCACCAUGACCACAGACAUCUACUUCAAGGAAGCAAUUGAAGCGAUUGCAGAAAGUGCCUUUAAGACCUCCCCCUAUCCUGUUAUACUGUCAUUUGAAAACCACGUGGACUCGCCCCGCCAACAGGCCAAGAUGGCUGAGUACUGCCGGGCGAUGUUUGGUGACAUGCUGCUCACCGAGCCCCUGGAAAAGUUUCCGCUGAAACCAGGCAGCCCCCUGCCCAGCCCUGAGGAUCUCCGUGGCAAGAUCCUCAUUAAGAACAAGAAGAACCAGUUUUCAGUCCCAGCAUCCCCCAGUGGGGAGGCUGAGGGCAGCUGCCCACCCAGUGCCCCUGUGGGUGGGGACACAGUGUUGGCUGGUGAGGAAAGGGCUGAGCCAGAGGAGGAGGAGGAGGAGGAGGAGGAGGACGUGGGAGAAGAAGAGGAGGAGGAGUCGGGAAACCUGGAUGAAGAAGAGAUGAAGAAGAUGCAGUCGGAUGAGGGCACAGCGGGCCUGGAGGCGACAGCUUACGAGGAGAUGUCCAGCCUAGUCAACUACAUCCAGCCCACCAAGUUCACCUCCUUUGAGUUCUCUGCCCAGAAGAACCGAAGUUAUGUCAUCUCCUCCUUCACGGAGCUCAAGGCUUAUGACUUGCUCUCCAAGGCCGCAGUGCAGUUUGUGGACUACAACAAGCGCCAGAUGAGCCGCAUUUACCCCAAGGGCACCCGCAUGGACUCCUCCAAUUACAUGCCCCAGAUGUUCUGGAAUGCUGGCUGCCAGAUGGUUGCCCUCAACUUCCAGACAAUGGAUCUGCCCAUGCAGCAGAACAUGGCGCUAUUUGAGUUCAAUGGGCAGAGCGGCUACCUCCUCAAGCAUGAGUUCAUGCGUCGGCCAGACAAGCAGUUCAACCCAUUCUCGGUGGAUGGCAUCGACGUGGUGGUAGCCACCACCCUUUCCAUUAAGGUAAUCUCGGGGCAGUUCCUGUCAGAACGCAGUGUGCGCACCUAUGUGGAAGUGGAGCUGUUUGGCCUUCCUGGGGACCCCAAGAGGCGCUAUCGCACCAAGCUGUCCCCCACUGCCAACUCCAUCAAUCCCGUCUGGAAUGAGGAGCCCUUUGUAUUUGAGAAGAUCUUGAUGCCUGAGCUGGCCUCCCUCAGGGUGGCUGUGAUGGAGGAAGGCAGCAAGUUUCUCGGACACCGCAUCAUCCCCAUCAAUGCCCUGAACACUGGAUACCACCAUCUGUGCCUGCGCAGUGAGAGCAACAUGCCCCUCACCAUGCCUGCGCUCUUCGUCCUCCUGGAGAUGAAAGACUAUGUACCUGACACCUGGGCAGAUCUCACUGUGGCCCUCGCCAAUCCCAUCAAGUUCUUCAAUGCCCAUGAUAAGAAGUCUGUGAAGCUCAAGGAAGCCAUGGGCGGUCUGCCUGAGAAGCCCUUCUCCCCCGGGAGCCCACUUGCCAGCCAGGUGAACGGGGCACCCGCCUCGACCAGCAAUGGGUCAGCAGAGCCGCGCACCGCCAGUCUGGAGGAGCUGCGGGAACUGAAGGGCGUCGCGAAGCUGCAGCGGCGGCACGAAGAACUGCGGGAGCUGAACCGGCCCGCCCCGCGGCGUUGGUAGGAAGGGCCUGCAGUGGGCGCGGUGCAACUUGGCCCGGGGGAGGGAGCCGGCCGGGUCCGUACCCACCCGGAGGGCCCCGAGGGCGCGGACCCGCGCGUGCGGAAGCUGAGGGACCGGCUGGAGCUGGAGCUGCGGCAGCAGCGCGAGGAGCAGUGCGAGUGCGUCCUGAAGCGCAAGGAGCAGCACUUGGCCGAGCACAUCGCCAAGAUGAUGGAGCUGGCCAGAGAGAAACAGGCCGCAGAGCUUAAGACCCUCAAGGAGACCUCAGAGAGCGACACCAAAGAGAUGAAGAAGAAGCUGGAGGCCAAGAGGCUGGAGCGGAUCCAGGCCAUGGUGAAGGUCACCGCUGACAAGAUGGCCCAGGAGCGGUUGAAGAAAGAGAUUAACAACUCCCACAUCCAGGAGGUGGUACAGGUCAUCAACCAGAUGACAGAGAGCCUGGAGAGGCACCAGGAGAAGCUGGAGGAGAAGCAGGCGGCCUGCCUGGAGCAGAUCCGGGAGCUGGAAAAGCAGUUGCAGCAGGAGGUGCUGGCAGAGUACGAGGCCAGGAUGAAGGGCCUGGAGACUGAGGUGAAGGAGUCGGUGAGGACCUGCCUCAGGACCUACUUCCCUGCUGAGGCUGAGGACAAGCCCGAGAGGUCCUGUGAGGCAUCCCGGGAGCUGUGUGAACAGGACUCACUCACAGUCAAUGCAGACACCCAGGAGAGCUGCCUCUGAUACCCCCAGCCAGCUGGGACAUUCUGCAAGGACAUGCCCUCUUCUGUUGGACGGAGCUCCAUCCCCCCCAGGAAGAAAGGCCCCAGCAGCCCCAGUGCUCGGAGGCUGUGGGAAGCUGGGGUUCCCCUGGACUCUGGAGCCGUCUCCUCAACAGCCAGGCUAGAGGAGGAGGCAGGGAUGCCAUCAGGGCAGGGGCUCGUUUGAGGCCCAGAGGUCCUCUCUAAGCUCCCUUCCUGCUCCUCCUUCUCCUUGAAUUAGUGUCAUCUAUUUGUUGAGGGCAAAAGAAUAUGGACUGAGAGGCAGGGAAUGGGGUCCUGGCCUCACCCUGCGUUUCCUAGGGUGCAGCUAGUCGCGCCCACUCUGGAGUCAGUUUCCUCACCUGGAGGGUUAGGCCUGGCCUCCUGGAACCUCCACUCAGCACCUGUAAUUCAAGCAGGACCUGUUCUGCCGUAAGGCUGGCAGCUCACCCAGGCUUCUCGGCCCCAUCGCGGGCGGGCCGGCCCCGCAUUGGCCUCAUUGUCUGCUCCCUGAUUCAGAGCCUGGCACUACCUCCAAGCUCCCUGGGGCUUGCUACCCCUAGGA